UUUGAAGAAUUUGAGAAACAGCUCAGCGAAAAUCGACAGGAGAGAGAAAGAGAAAGGCACAAAAAGAGGAGUCGCAGUGAAUCUACCGGCCGAGCUGACAAGCACCGCAGCUGGAGCAAAGACAGAGGGAGCCGCAGCCGAGAGAAGAGGAGCCGCAGCCGAGAGAAGAGGAGCCGCAGCCGAGAGAAGAGGAGCCGCAGCCGAGAGAAGAGGAGCCGCAGCCGAGAGAGAAAGAGCCGCGACCGCCGGAGCUCAUCCCGGGACCACAAGAAGCACAGCCACUCCCCCAGGAGAACCAGGAAGAAAAGGACCUGCAAAUAUUGGGAUGUGCCUCCUCCUGGCUUUGAACACAUCACACCAAUGCAAUAUAAAGCUAUGCAAGGAAGAAUAGCUAUUGCUAACGCUAAUUCAUCCUGCGCUCUUGGCUGUUUGCAGGUGAAGGAGCUCCUGACGUCGUUCGGGCCUCUCAAAGCGUUUAAUCUGGUGAAGGACAGCACCACCUCGCUAUCUAAGGGUUACGCCUUUUGCGAAUAUGUCGAUAUCAGUGCUACAGAUCAGGCAGUAGAUGGGCUCAAUGGGAUGCAACUGGGCGACAAAAAGCUGAUAGUCCAAAGAGCGAGUGUGGGUGCUAAAAACGCAAAUCCUACCUCCAUCAUCGAGACCCCGGUGACGCUGCAGAACUCUGGCCUGCCCACGGAGGUGCUGUGCUUUCUCAACAUGGUGAUGCCUGAGGAGCUGGUGGACGACGAGGACUACGAGGAGAUCCUGGAGGACAUCCGAGAAGAGUGCUGCAAGUACGGCAGCGUGUGCUCCAUCGAGAUCCCCCGACCCGUGGAUGGGGUGGAGGUCCCCGGCUGUGGGAAGAUCUUUGUGGAGUAUGUUUCUGCUGCAGACGGUCAGAAAGCCAUGCAAGCCCUCACCGGCCGCAAGUUUGCCAACAGAGUGGUGGUCACCAAAUACUACGAUCCGGACCAGUACCACAGACAUGAGUUCUGAAAGCACAGGAGAGUCCUUCUUUCUGUUUGUGAAAGUAGAAUUCUGUUCGGGCGGUUUCUUUAUUUAAGAAAAUACUUAUUUUAUUACAUCUUCUACCUAACAAACUGGACUGAAGUGUGUGUUUCUUCACCGAAUAUCUAACUCCUAGCUUUAGCUUCAACACCUGAACUGAACUGAGUGAAUACAAAAUAAUACUGCAGUAUCUAGGGAUGUCACGAUGCCAGAUAUUUAGUAGUGGAUAACCAUACCAAUGAAAUUCCACAAUUCUUGAUACCUAAUGUGUAAUUGUAUGUUAUAUACUAAGGGGCGGGACAUUUGACACAUUGACUCAUCUCUAUACGGUUGACCAAUCACAACAGAGCUGGCAAAAACAACAUUUUUAAAAGACCUUUUUUUUAACACGUCAUGACAACGAUUUCAUUUACCUUCGCUGAUUUAUUCAUUUUGAACGCUUCACAGUGAAACUCUAUGGCCCUUCCACUAAACCGGUUGCGAACAGCAAACAUGAACUAACCGUUCUUCCAAAAUGAGUGCUAGUGAUGUAAUGAACACCUCUUUCAACAGUACCCUAAUUUCUGUACUUUCAUACGAUCAAAAUGCUUGCAUCAACUUGGUACCUAAGUAUCUGUUCGUGUGACAUCCCUAUCAAUAUCCAUUACAUUUGUAGUAGAAUGAAUGUGACAUGUAUCUUAUCUAAUACUGCCUGACGAUGCCAGUGUAGCUGUCUUAUGGAGUAUGCACUAUACACAGUCAAAUGUUUAGAUAUCCCUACUGAGCACAAACAUUAAUUUCACUGUUUUCGAUUUGAAAAGCCAUCAUAAAUGUUAAUUGUGUGGCUAUGAGAGAAAAAAAAAGGUUUUAUUGAUUUUUUGAAAAGUCAUAUUUUCGUCUUUACGUAAUAUUAGUCAUUAAACAUAUACAACUCUAUUACACUGCUCACAUAGAUCAAAUACAGGGUUGUACUGAGCAGUUCAAAACUAAAAUGCUACAUUCAAAUAUUAAAUUAACAUUUGAAUGCUGCAAAGCUUCUUUUUUUUGUCUGAUGUCUUUUCAUUUACUUUAAAGCUGGUAUUUGUUCAAGGUUGCAGAUAAAGAUUGGUUUUAUUAUACUUUUGUAAUUGAUUCCAGUAGUGGCUGCAUUGCAUUACAUUACAUUGCAUUACAUUGUUUCUGACUCCAAACACAUUUUUAUCCAACCAAAUAAUCUGCUUCAAUCCAUAUUUGUUGGUGUUUCAAGAUCAACAAUUUGCCUUUGGUCAAAAACCUUUUUUUUGCUUUCCUACUUGCUGCACACAAAUGGUGGUACCAAUAUGAACCUGUUUUAUUCAUUCAAUUAUAUGUUAUUCAACUAAAUGCAAUUUCUAACAAAAACAUCAAAUUGUCCUCGCUUUUCAGGGUGACGAUGUAAUAAAAUAUGUGACAAUAUAUUUAAAACCUCAAUAGAAGCUUCAAUUUUUUUUUAAAGAUGGCAUUUGGUACAGCCCUAACUAAAUCUAAACGUAAUCUUUUUUAAACAUUUUGACGGUAAUGGGGAAAUGUGUGUUUUGUCUUAAAUCAAGGGCCUUUUGUGUCAAAUAUGACUUUAAAGAAAAGCAAAUUGGUAAACAGCUUCCGUUGGUCUAAUAAAAAAAACUAAGCAGUAUAUGUUAAUAAAUGCACCUUUAAGUUUUGUUGAUCGCAAACUGAAUGACUUUUUUCAAAAACCUGUAUUAUUUUUGUGAACAAUCAAAGAAAAUGGAUCCAAUGAAAGCAUUAAUGUAUUAUUAGAAAAUAACUUCUGCUUGAAAAGUGCAAGCGCAAACAUCCCAAAUGAUUUGUCUGAUAUCGGGAUGUGUCUGAUACCACAUUAUGUUUUAGUGCAAUAAAUAUCACAGAUCAUAAAA